CAAUCCAGAACGAGAGCGCCAACGCGACGCGGACCCGGAAGUCGGAGCCCGCCUCCCUUCUUGCGGCAAAAGAAAGGCGAACCGAAGCCGCGUCGGCAACGGCGACGCGCCGAUGCCCCCAGCGCAAGCUAUAAAAAUCCACCACCGUCUCCUCACCGAUCGCUCGCUCAUCACGCAACCCAAUCGCGGACGCCACGAGAAUUCAGAGAAGCUUAGGAGCGCGGGCAAGAGGAGCGAGCAGAGGCGGCGAUGGCGCGGCGGGGCACCGAGGCGUUCCCGGACCUGGGCGCGCACUGCGACGAGGCUGACUGCAACCAGCUCGACUUCCUGCCCUUCCCUUGCGACGGCUGCGGCAAGGUCUUCUGCACGGCGCACCGGACGUACCGGGACCACGGCUGCGCCAAGGCCGCCGACCAGGGCCGCACCGUCGUGGUCUGCCCGGACUGCGGCGACGCCAUCGAGCGGGUGCCGGGGCAGGACGACUGCGGCAUCCUGGAGGCCCACGCGCGGUCGCGGCGCUGCGACCCGGCCAGGAAGCGCAAGCCGCGGUGCCCCGCGCGUCGGUGCAAGGAGGCGCUCACGUUCUCCAACACCAGCGAGUGCAAAGGGUGCGGCCAGAAAGUGUGCCUCAAACACCGGUUCCCCGCGGACCACGACUGCGCGGCGACCGCCCGUGCAGCGGCUGGAGCGGCGGCCGCUAGGAGGGCCGGUGCAGAGUGCGGCCGCGGCGCGCAGACGAAGGACGGUGGCGCGUGGGCACCGCCGGUAUCCAUCCGGAACUUCAAGAUAUUCUGAGGCUUGAACCAGGGACAUAUUGCAGCCAGGCUUGCGGACUUGACAAUGUUCACGGCAAAUCUCACAAUUCCCGUAGGGUCUUGGGGAAUUGGGGAAAACUCUCGCGUAUGGGACCAGUGAUUGAUAUGAUUGGCAUGGAUUGCCUUGUGUAAAUCGUACAAUUCCCAUAUCUAAUUUCAGGAUUUCCUUUCACUGACAUGUGAGACCCAUACAGAAUAGAAGAUG